UGCGCCACCACUGAACAAACCGAUAACCCUAAGCUUCACAACCUCACCAACAAUGGCGGAAGGACUCGUCUUGAAAGGCACGAUGCGUGCACACACCGACAUGGUCACCGCAAUCGCCACACCCAUCGACAACUCCGACACCAUCGUCUCCUCCUCCCGCGACAAAUCCAUCAUCGUCUGGAAACUCACCAAAGACGACAAAUCCUACGGCGUCGCCCAGCGCCGCCUCACCGGCCACUCCCACUUCGUCGAGGACGUCGUCCUCUCCUCCGACGGCCAGUUCGCGCUCUCCGGAAGCUGGGACGGCGAGCUCCGUCUCUGGGACCUCGCCGCGGGAGUCUCCACUCGUCGUUUCGUGGGACACACGAAAGACGUCCUCUCGGUGGCAUUCUCCCUCGAUAACCGUCAGAUCGUUUCCGCCUCUCGUGACCGUACGAUCAAGCUGUGGAACACUCUGGGGGAGUGUAAGUACACUAUCGCGGAGGGAGGCGGUGAGGGGCAUAGGGAUUGGGUUAGUUGCGUUAGGUUUAGUCCCAACACGUUGCAGCCGACGAUUGUGUCGGCGUCGUGGGAUAAGACAGUGAAGGUUUGGAACUUGUCGAAUUGUAAGCUUAGGUCGACGCUUGCGGGGCAUGGUGGGUAUGUUAACACUGUGGCGGUUUCGCCUGAUGGGUCUUUGUGUGCGAGUGGAGGGAAAGAUGGGGUUGUUUUGCUUUGGGAUUUGGCUGAGGGGAAGAAGCUUUACUCGCUUGAGGCGAACUCUGUGAUUCACGCGCUUUGCUUUAGUCCUAAUAGGUAUUGGCUUUGUGCGGCGACGGAGCAGGGGAUUAAGAUUUGGGAUCUUGAGAGUAAGAGUGUUGUUGAGGAUUUGAAGGUUGAUCUUAAGGCUGAGGCGGAGAAGUCUGAUGGAAGUGGUACUGCUGCCACCAAAAGGAAGGUUAUUUACUGCACCAGCCUGAACUGGAGUGCGGAUGGAAGCACUUUGUUCAGUGGUUACACCGAUGGAGUCAUCAGAGUUUGGGGAAUUGGCCGUUACUAGUUUAUCUUAUCUCUUCGAUGUUUUUCUUUCUUGGUUGCGGCUUUUAUCUAUCACUCUUUUGUUUUGUCAGCAAACUCAUCAGUUCCAUCAUAAAGUACUCUGAAGGAUGUUUUGUUUUAUCUCAAUUUAGGUUCGGAUCUUUACUUGUUUGUGAGAUUUUUCCAUUCCAAGUUACUUCCUUUUUGCUAAUCUGAUUCCCAUUGUCAUUGAGAGUCUGGCAUAAUGGUCGAAUAGAGUAAUCACACUCUUGAAUUUGUAUUAUUUACACUUGAAAAUGAAAUUAUAGUAACAAGCCCACUUCUCA